UGAAUAAAGUCAGAAUUUUUAGAUAAAUAUUAAUCAAAUCACUUUUAAUUUCAACCAAUCGUAAUUUCAGGGCAGUUGGUGAACAUUAAUCAGACUGAUUUUAAUGCUAGACAUUAUUAUCGAUUUAUUGAACACAGUUCAUAAAUUUACUUAGUGUGGAUUAAAGUGGGCUUCGCAUAAAAUAACACGUCAUGUUCGUGAAAGGAACUCUUAGCUUAAUCAUACGAUUAACUGUUAUACUGGCAUCAAUAUGCCUUUCAUAUGAACAAAUGCAGAUGGAAUUUCCUGGACAGGGUGCAAUGAGUCCGACAAUGGACUUUUCAAGCGUAAUAGUCGGCAAUAUGCCAGAAGAUUCUAAUCAAAAUACACAAGUUGGAUCUAUUGUGCUAGAUCAAAUGCCGGAUCAGUUUCAAGUACCUACACCUGUGCAAAAUACUAUGGUUUCGACGGCAACAACGACGUCAACAACAACAAAAAAUGAAGAUGAUCUGGAUAAUUCAUUUGGAAGUCAAGUCUCAGCAAUCCAACCAGCAUCUUCAGUAAUUGGUUAUAUCUCUCCAUCCAGAUCACAUAAUGGAUAUGAUAACUAUUUUUCCACUAUACCACAGGAAAGAGUACCUUUUCUCGGGUUUUUUCCUCCGACUGAAAAUCAAGUAGCUUUCACUUUACCUGGGCAAAUUCCUGCAGCAAGUCCUCUCACAGCUGCACCACCAGGAACGAAUGGAUUUGUGCCACCAGCAACAGGUGCAACUAUGCCACCAGUAUCGAGUGGAUUUGUACCACCAGGAAUGGGUGGAUUUGUGCCACCAGCAACAGGUGCAACUAUGCCACCAGUAUCGAGUGGAUUUGUACCACCAACAACGGGUGGAUUUGUGCCACCAACAACGGGUGGAUUUGUGCCACCAGCAACAGGUGGUUUCGCGCCACCAGUGACAGGUGGUCAACCAGGAACAUCAAUAACCCCAGGAGGUCUCCCAGUAUCAUUUCCAAUGCCAGGGUUCAGUCAACAGCUCCUUCAAUCAUCUCUUUGGCCUUAUAUAAUACUACCAGAAAGUAUAUUACAGUACUUAUUGCCAAGAAAUAUUAUAUCGAAACCUUACGGUGGUAUUUACUCCCCAAGAUGGCUAAGAAUUCUUCAGGAAAUGUACAGAAACAACUUGGAUGCAUUAAAUCAACCAGUUAGAGACUACGGAGACAUAUAUCCAUCUGGCUACGAUGAGUACUAUUUACCUGCGGAUACGGAUUUACAAUAUUUACCUAAGAAAAAGAAAAGAAUAGAUAUAUUCAGGCGCAAAAGAAGGUCUAGUCCGUCUAAACCUUUAUCAUAAAACGAUGUAUUAAUUGUUUGUAAAAUAUAAGUAUUCAGAAAUAGAAC